GUUGCCACCACUGACGUUAACCAGGACAUCGCACAAAGAGGACACUUUAACUCUGACCAGGAGCCUUUGAAGUCAACAGGUGUGAUCGGAAAGCCAAAAUCCUCUCUUCCCUUUCCGCCUUCGUCAUCCGCUUUCAUCUGACCCCCUCUCCAGACUGAGACCAUGGACACAGCUGCGGUGGUGACUCUUCUGGCUCUGCUUAUGGCGAUGGCUGGCAUCAGUCAGGCUCUUCGCAUCCAAAGUGGUCUGGACAAAAAUGACUUCCUGCCAGACAGCUCAGAGGAGAACAUGGCUGACCACCUGCUGGGGCUGGAGAGUGAAAACACAGAGAACAGCAUUGAUGAUCGUCUGCUGACCUCAGUGCUGAGAGCUUUGCUGCUCGGAUCUCAGAGAGAAACCAGGAACUCUGUCCUCCAUCAGCCGCAGAGGUUCGGCCGUGGAUCCAGAGGGCAGGUAGUGUCAGAGGAUCAGAUACAUUCCCGUAACUGGGAGGCAGCCCCCGGUCAGAUCUGGAGCAUGGCCGUGCCCCAGAGAUUUGGCAAGAAAUAAUCUGGCAGGCAGAUUCACACACAUCACUGUCCUGGCGCAGGGCCAAGCAGAGGGCGAAUGUGGAGAGACUAAAUUUGAAUGAAUAAAUAUAAAUUAUAUUAAAAACUCUCCUCCUCUUUUCAACAUCGUCCCAAUCCAUUAGGCCUGACUUGAAACCUGACAUUUAGUGAAAGAUGACAGGAGAUUCAUUUUACAGUUUUCUGUAAACCGCAAAGCAUGUUUAACUGGUGCCUAUUCAACUUUUCUGUCCUGACUUGAAUGUUAUUAAGAAACCAAAAGUUUUUGCUGUAAAUUGAUUGUUGCAUUUUUUUGUUAAUCUUUUGUUCUCUGGUCAAAUAAAAGAGCUUUAAACUUGGA